AUGCUCACCUUGUCGCACAGCUCUACGUCUGAUCCUCUCAUAUCCCACGGGCGUCACUUUGGUCGAACCGUAUUCGCGCUGUGUAACUACCCCUCUCUACUCACCAACGGUAUCCUCAGAUUAGAACAAAUGGAAAAUACCCCACUGGAGGACUUCUCCGCUGAAGAACGACGAGAACAUCGCGUCUUUGAACAGCUCUUAGAGUCUUAUCCCGGCCUUUUGGAGCGCCUACAAAACGGGUCUGAGGAAGAAAUCCUCCAUGUUGGAGAGCUAAUCGGUAAAGGAGCUGCAGGCGCGAGAGGCGACGACACAAAAACGCUCAAGUCUGCCAUACUUGAUUGGAUUACGCCGAAAGACGCAGCAAUCCAGCCUCCUUUGCACAGGAACUCGAAGAUUGAUCGCGGAUUCAACCACGAGCUUACCGGAUCACUACUUUGUCCUGCUGGGUUGGAUUGGAACAAUACAGAAAUGAGAGAGAACCUCCGAAGCGGCGAAUUGUCGGUGUGUGGGGAUCAAUGGCCUAUCUUUUUGUUCGCCCACCAUACGUAUGACACAGAAGACCCGUGGUGUGGGCUUCUUAGGAGCCGGUUGCUGGUAUGCGCUUAUAAGCACAUCUUCACGUCCCCAAGUUCAGUCGACAAAGAGCCAAAAGCGACACGAUCCGGAAAUGCUCGUCUCCAUGGGAUGAACUCCGUCACCAUUGCUUCCAUUGCUUAUGUUGCAACUCAGGUUCGAUUCGCUUUAAGCUCUUCCUCGGUGUUCUCGCGGACCGACACUACCACGGACUCAGAGACCUUUUAUCAUAGCCUCCUUGACCUUUUCGAAGACCCUGAUGAAUCGAAGGAGGUUGAGGAGCUGCUGACAUGGUGGAAUCGUCAAGUCUUCCCUACUUCCUCUGCCGCCAAGCGAUCAAUUAGCGCCAACAGCGCCUUAUCGAAAAUCCGACUCAAGCGCCUCGCGGCCAAACAGGCGGCAGAUUCGAACACAAUCCCUUCGUAG